AUGAUGAUGCAGACUUCUGUCCUUCUAUCUUGCCUCUUUACGCUGCAGUGCCUCGGAAGCAUGCAUUGUUCGCCAGUGCCGGAAGCAAUCAGGUACAAAUCGACGCCGGUGAGUGCAGAAUACUUUAGUUUUAUAAUUUUUCUUUGUUUGAUAAUAUCACUCAACAGAAACACAUAGCUUGAUAGUGUAAUUACUGGAAGUUUCAUCGGUGUUGCAAGUCAUUGCCAACUAUUAUCCGUGCAUUUCCAAUUCACCUGCUAUUUCAAAUCAUGCACACAUGAGAGUGCAGAAUAGUUUGCUUAGUUGUCAAUCCCAGUUUUCCAGUCUUUUUCGAAUGGCCAGUGUGCUAUACCCACUCUACAGUGUGCUUGCUUACAGUUAUGAUUAUGCUUCGCGCUGGUUGACCGACACCAACCUGCUAAAUGUUUCAAACCCAUCUGUCAAAACAAAUAAUUUUGUAGAUUUUAUGCUCAAUAUUAUUAGAAGGGCUCUAUGUCAAUACUUAGUGUUAAAAUGAUGCACCUGCCCAGUGGACAAAGUGUCAUAUAUGAAAUUAGUAUAUCACAACAUAAGAUUUGAAAGGGGCAAUCAGCAGUUGCUACAUCAUUUUUUUGGACCUAUACAGUUUGUGAUAUGUAUCCAUUGAUUUUUGAAGAAUAUCAUUUAUAAAUGCUUUAUGAGCUUAGAUUAACGUACCCGAUCAAAACCCAUAAUAUUUGCUUGUUUCACUUCAAUGUUUGUAAACAAAGUAAAAACAAACACUGUAUAGCCUCAAAACAUGGUUAAAACUAUAAUUUUGAUAUCAUGGAUGGUCAGUCCUUGCAUCCAUAGCUCUGUCUAUGAAUUUGAGAGUGGGUACAUUACUCCAGCCCAUCCCUCAGCUUUUUUACCGGAACAGAGGUAGGGAGAUCGCUUUAUUAUUGUUUCAAUUGCUGAUUGGCCCUGUAAACACUGCAACAUUAAUCCUAAACAAAAAUAUUUAUCUGUCAAACACAUAACCCUCCCAGGAUGGGACUAAGUCUAAGCAAUGUUUCAUUUAGAAACUUCACAGAGCCACUGCCACAUCAUCGACACUGACAUCAAAAAGGCUUUUAUUUUCAACCUUCAUGCAAUGUUAAUUGAUCUGAUAUGUAACAUUUGUGCUACCAUGGCACAACUGAAAGUCCAGAAGGGUGUGGGCGUGUGGUAAAUAGAGAAGGUAAUUGAGUUCUUGUCUCCGCAGGGCAGGAAACGAUAAUAACUGGUCUAUAAGGACAUUUUGUCAACAACUCCGUGAAUGAGAGGAUAAAGAGCGAAGCUCCACAUUGCCAUUGGGAGUUUUUUAUGUCCAAAUUGAUGUUCUAGAUGAUAUAUUACUGAUAACUUGCAAUAUUAGCCUACUGCCUCAAUGACAGAGAUUAUUGGCUACUUGAUGAAAACUGGAAAAAAAGGCUAACUCAUCAAUUUGAGAAUGUCUGAGGUAGCCUACUGUAAACCAACUGUAUGAAGGACCAAGUAUAACAAACGUCCCCUCAAUGGCAUGGAGGAAAAGUUGUUAAUGGAGGAAAAGUUGUUAGUUUAGUUUAUACUCUCUUCCUUUACUGAAAUUACUUGCAGUGUUAUGUCUAGUUUGUAACUGAACUGGAAAGCCUAAUCUAUAGUUUUGUCAAUUUGUUUCCCGUUGUUGACAAAAGAGUGGGUGAUUAUACAAGCAGGGACAAGUUUCUCUGUAUCUGGGUCAGGAAACACAGUGCCUGUUUGCUCUCACAUGGAAAAUGGAGGGAAAAUAACAUGAUGGGCUCAAUGUUUGGAUAUCCCUUUGUGAAUAAAAGCCAUGUCCCUUGGUUUUUCUUCCUGUUUUGCUCCAUUAGUUCUGUCCUCUGGCCAAACUGACUGCCAAACACCCAUGAGACCGGAAGUGACAUCAGAGAUUACUAGCCUCAGUUCCCAUAGCAUCCACCUAUUAAAUUAGGUCACAGCAGGUCACAAAAACCCAGUUAAUGUGUGAUCAGGUCAUGCACGGUGAGGGUGGCAUCAUCCCCCUGAUUCUCAGCUCGGCAGACAGAGAAUCUGGAAACCUGAGGUGUCAGGGGAGGAAGUUUGUUUGCCAGGAAAGAUAAGAGAGCAUAGUAAGUACCCAGAGGAUUUGUAACCUAUCUUCCAUCGCCUGGUGUUACUGAUUGUGGCUGAUGUAUUGGAUUAAGGAGGAUAAGGAAGCAGAUACCAAGGCAUUUGUUGAUAGUGGUGCAUCUAUCUUUCACCUCAUCAGUUUAAUCUUCUAUCCUGUUAUAGUGAAACAGUUUGUCUGUAUUUACUCAGUAGUAUACAUACACUCUCCAAAUCAAGUCCAUAUCUGAUUUAUUGUGUAAACAUUACCAAGUUGCUCAGUUCGCAGACAAUAUCCUCUAGUAUUGUUCCUAUAUGAAAGGGUUUAAGUGUCCUCCUUUUUACAAAUUCUUACACGAACUGACAGAAUGUCCACAUGUUUUAAUAUCUAGGCUUUAGGAUACUUGUAUACUUGUACAGACAUGUUGAGUUGUGCUCUUUGAAUACCACUCUGUCAGAUCCCCUCCACUGCAGUGACUCACAGAUCACUGUAACCAGAAGCUAGACAUGCCCAUACAUGUAAUGGAUCCCCCUCCCAAAACACAUUGGUUCACAAACACAAUGAUAAAACAUCCUGAGUCACCUAGAGGCCUCUUUCGGAGGGUGAACUACUUCAUAAAUGGGCAUCUUGCAUAGUCAGCAGAACAGAAGAUAAUGGACUGACUGCGUCUCCCAGGGCAUAGCUGAGAAACACUGUGCCAGAGACUCCUAUAAGGAUAUUCUCUGUCUGCUCUCAGAUUAUGUGAGAACACGCAAGCCGGCUGCAGACAAGUCAAUAUUGUCUGGGGAACUCUGCUCCUCCAAUGGCUCUACUACCCAGAGUGGUCAUCUAGGAAUCUCAAGCCCCUGUUGUUGAGUCCCAGCCAGAGCAGUGAAAGCACAGAAGACACCACUGAACACCACGUAUUGGGUAUACACAACAUAUGUUCAUAUUUAAAUAUGUGUCCAGUCUGUCUGCUCAGUGGAUAUACAUACAGAAGAGCAUAUAUAGUACAUGCCGUAAAUGUAAACAAAGACAUGCAAUUUGAGGACAGUCAAAGCUUUCAUAAGUUCACUGUUCAAACCCUGUGACACCAUGGAAGUGAACUUUGGCCUUUACCCUGUUGGGAAUCUGAGGUGGAGGAGCUGUGCUUUCUCUCACCUUAGGGGCUAGACUGAUCCAUUUGACAGAUGGGAGGGAGUUAUUGUCAGCAACUUGUCAACCGCAGUAAUUUCUCUUCUCAUUUCCCUUUUAGAAAUAUGUUGAGUGCACACUCCUCCUGCUUGAUAGCCACGCUUUACAGCGUACUGUAGAUAGCCCACACUCCCAUUCUCAUGCUGUUGGGUAUACAUCUUAUUACCAAACUAGAUUAGAGAGCAAGCCCAACAUCCAUAUAUUAGAGUUACAUUACAGUUUACAAAGUGAAAUGCAGGCGGAAUGACUGAGAGUUCUGCUGCCUAGUGUUUCUUCCUUGAUUGGGGCACAUAACUCAGGGUAAGGCCCUCUCAUUUUGAGGUCUGGAGCACAUUCCACGAAUCCUGCUGGGCAUUGUUCCCAUUAUCCCACAACUCCACAACACUAAAGCCUCACAAAGCAGUAGGCUACCAGAGGGAGGGCUGUCUUGACACAAUGACAGAAUGAUUAGGACUUAUGUCUGGUUAUCGUUCAUCUAGAAUACGCUAAACUCUUAGAAAAAAAGGGCUAUAUAGAACCUAAAAGGGUUAUUCAGUUGUCCCCAUAGGACAGGGAUCAUCAAAUAGAUUCAGCCGCGGGCCGAUUUUUUCUGGAGCGGAUGGUCAGGGGGCCGGAACAUAAUUACAAAAAAUUUGUAGACUGCAAAUUGACCGCAAGAAGCCCAAAUCUAUAUAAUGUUAGACUAAAACAUAAUCAUUUCAAACCUUGCUUACAUUUGUAUACGAUCACGUGUCUCUCUAUUAUGCAUGGAAAUACUUGGGAACAGAUUUCUUAAAUUAAAAUCACUUGGAGCUGAUUUCCUGGUGUUUUUACAGUCUUCUAUGUCCAACAAUGAAAUUCCACACACACAAAAAAGAUUUUUUUGCUCAGAAAACUUGGGGGGCCUAAUAGGAACCCUGCCAUAGGAGAACCCUUUGAAAAACCCUUUUUGGUUCCAGGUAGAACCCUUUUUGGUUCCAUGUACAACCCUUUCCACAGAGGGUUCUAUAUGGAACCCAAAAGGGUUCUACCUGAAACCAAAAAGGGUUCUAACCUGGAACCAAAAAGGGUUAUUCUAUGUGCACAGCCGAAUAACCUUUUUGGAACCCUUUUUUCUAAGAGUCUAGAAUACGCUACAUUCUCAUGUUCUUAGUGCAUUAGGAAAUCCAAUGUGUUUUACAGUAGCAGUGUCAGAGGAAAUGCACUAUAAACACUUUUGUGAUCAUGAGAGCACCGCAAUGCUUCCUGAAAUGCAAAUCUGUAAAAGGCCUUGAAUUGUACAACUUCAAAAAGCCAUGGAGAUGCUGUGCCACUGACAGAAUUUCUCCUCUCUGUAAUUUAUGCUUGAGGUAAGAGGUGAUGAGCGAAGUCAUUUCUUCUGGGUUCUGCAGGGGGAUAUUUACUGUAAUUGUUCCUAUGUGUAAUGAUAACUGCCAGUAAAGUAAGCUACAAGCCCACUCCAAGUCGACAAGGGAAAACACUAUCUGACGCACAAUUGUGUUUUUUACUCUGUGGAGAUUUCCAGUUAUUGUUGACCUCUCAUACUCAUUUACAUUUACAUUUACAUCAUUUAGCAGACGCUCUUAUCCAGAGCGACUUACAAAUUGGUGCAUUCAACUUAUGAUAGCCAGUGGGACAACCACUUUUUUUUUUAUGGGUGGGGGAGAGGGGGUUAGAAGGAUUACUUUAUACUAUUCCAGGUAUUCCUUACAGAGGUAGGGUUUCAAGUGUCUCCGGAAGGUGGUCAGUGACUCCGCUGUCCUGGUGUCGUGGGGGAGCUUGUUCCACCAUUGGGAUGCCAGAGCAGCGAAUAGCUUUAACUGGGCUGAGCGGGAACUGUAGAAGUAGGGGAGCUAGCAGGCCAGAGGUGGAUGAACGUAGUGCCCUCAUUUGGGUGCAGGGUCUGAUCAGAGCCUGAAGGUAAGGAGGUGCCGUUCCCCUCAUAGCUCCGUAGGCAAGCACCAUGGUCUUGUAGUAGAUGCGAGCCUCAACUGGAAGCCAGUGGAGUGUGCGGAGGAGCGGGGUGACAUGAGAGAACUUGGGAAGGUUGAACACCAGACGGGCUGCAGCGUUCUGGAUAAGUUGUAGGGGUUUAAUGGCACAGGCAGGGAGCCCAGCCAACAGCGAGUUGCAGUAAUCCAGACGGGAGAUGACAAGUGCCUGGAUUAGGACCUGUGCCGCUUUCUGUGUAAGGUAGGGUCGUACUCUGCGAAUGUUGUAGAGCAUGAACCUGCAGGAUCGGGUCACCGCUUUGAUGUUAGCGGAGAACGACAGGGUGUUGUCCAGGGUCACGCCAAGGUUCUUUGCACUCUGGGAGGAGGACACAAUGGAGUUGUCAACCGUGAUGGCGAGAUCAUGGAGCGGGCAGUCCUUCCCCGGGAGGAAGAGCAGCUCCGUCUUGCCGAGGUUCAGCUUGAGGUGGUGAUCCGACAUCCACACUGAUAUGUCUGCCAGACAUGCAGAGAUGCGAUUCGCCACCUGGUUAUCAGAAGGGGGAAAGGAGAAAAGUAAUUGUGUGUCGUCUGCGUAGCAAUGAUAGGAGAGACCAUGUGAGGAUAUGACAGAGCCAAGUGACUUGGUGUAUAGAGAGAAUAGGAGAGGGCCUAGAACUGAGCCCUGGGGGACACCAGUGGUGAGAGCACGUGGUGCGGAGACAGCUUCUCGCCACGCCACCUGGUAGGAGCGACCUGUCAGGUAGGACGCAAUCCAAGAGUGAGCAGCGCCGGAGAUGCCCAACUCGGAGAGGGUGGAGAGGAGGAUCUGAUGGUUCACAGUAUCAAAGGCAGCGGAUAGGUCUAGAAGGAUAAGAGCAGAGGAGAGAGAGUUAGCUUUAGCAGUGUGGAGAGCCUCCGUGACACAGAGAAGAGCAGUCUCAGUUGAAUGACCAGUCUUGAAACCUGACUGGUUUGGAUCAAGAAGGUUAUUCUGAGAGAGAUAGCAGGAGAGUUGGCUAGAGACGGCACGCUCAAGAGUUUUGGAGAGAAAAUAAAGAAGGGAUACUGGUCUGUAGUUGUUGACAUCGGAGGGAUCGAGUGUACAUUUUUUGAGGAGGGGUGCAACUCUCGCUCUCUUGAAGACGGAAGGGACAUGGCCAGCGGUCAAGGAUGAGUUGAUGAGCGUGGUGAGGUAAGGGAGAAGGUCUCCGGAAAUGGUCUGGAGAAGAGAGGAGGGGAUAGGGUCAAGCAGGCAGGUUGUUGGGCGGCCGGCCGUCACAAGUCGCAAGAUUUCAUCUGGAGAGAGAGGGGAGAAAGAAGUCAAAGCAUAGGGUAGGGCAGUGUGAGCAGGACCAGUGGUGUCAUUUGACUUAAUAAAUGAGGAUCGGAUGUCGUCAACCUUCUUUUCAAAAUGGUUGACAAAGUCAUCCACAGAGAGGGAGGAGGGAGGGGGAGGAGGAGGAGGAUUCAGCAGGGAGGAGAAGGUGGCAAAGAGCUUCCUAGGGUUAGAGGCAGAGGCUUGAAAUUUAGAGUGGUAGAAAGUGGCUUUAGCAGCGGAAACAGAGGAAGAGAAUGUAGAGAGGAGGGAGUGAAAAGAUGACAGGUCUGCAGGGAGUCUAGUUUUCCUCCAUUUCCGCUCGGCUGCCCGGAGCCCUCUUCUGUGAGCUCGCAAUGAGUCGUCAAGCCACGGAGCAGAAGGGGAGGACCGAGCCGGCCGGGAGGAUAGGGGACAUAGAGAGUCAAAAGAUGCAGACAGGGAGGAGAGGAGGGUUGAGGAGGCAGAAUCAGGAGAUCAGAGGGAGAAGGAUUUAGCAGAGGGAAGAGAUGAUAGGAUGGAAGAGGAGAGUGUAGCGGGAGAGAGAGAGCGAAGGUUGCGACGGCACAUUACCAUCUGAGUAGGGGCAGAGUGAGUAGUGUUGGAGGAGAGCGAGAGAGAAAAGGAUACAAAGUAGUGGUCGGAGACUUGGAGGGGAGUUGCAGUGAGAUUAGUAGAAGAACAGCAUCUAGUAAAGAUGAGGUCAAGCGUAUUGCCUGCCUUGUGAGUAGGGGGGGACGGUGAGAGGGUGAGGUCAAAAGAGGAAAGGAGUGGAAAGAAGGAGGCAGAGAGAAAUGAGUCAAAUGCAGACGUAUGGAGGUUAAAGUCACCCAGAACUGUGAGGGGUGAGCCAUCCUCAGGAAAGGAACUGAUCAAGGCAUCAAGCUCAUUGAUGAACUCUCCAAGGGAACCUGGAGGGCGAUAAAUAACAAGGAUGUUAAGCUUGAAUGGGCUAGUGACUGGGAGAGAUGAGGAUUCCUAUGCCACUGCCGCGCUGACCAGAUGCUCUCGGGGUAUGCGAGAACACAUGGUCAGACGAGGAAAGAGCAGUAGGAGUAGCAGUGUUUUCUGUGGUAAUCCAUGUUUCCAUCAGCGCCAAAAAGUCGAGGGACUGGAGGGUAGCAUAGGCUGAGAUUAACUGCCUUGUUGGCCGCAGAACGGCAGUUCUAGAGGCUGCCAGACACCUGGAACUCCACGUGGGUCGUGCGCGCAGGGACCACCAGAUUAGAGUGGCAACAGCCACGUGGUGUGAAGCGUUUGUAUGGCCUGUGCAGAGAGGAGAGAACAGGGAUAGACAGACACAUAGUUGACAGGCUACAGAAAAAGACUACAAUAAUGCAAAGGAGAUCGGAAUAAAAUGAACUAAACAUCUGGGAAAGCGAGAGAGCGGGGCCUCCCUCACUUACGUUUCACUGAAACCCUCAAAUAUAACUCUCCCAACAUCCACUUUAGAAAUUAUAAUUGUUGUAAACUACAGCAGUUCUAUGUUUUCUAGGAAUAGACUCUAACUUAGUUUAUUCAGCUAGCUAAUUUGGUACAGUAUUCUUCCAAGAAAACCGUCCAGGGCACCGAAUCCUAUAACGCCAUAGCCAACUAGCAUGCCAGCCUCCAAUAACACGGUUUAGCACCAAUACUCAGUUACAACAAACCACCGGUGUGUUAACACGCCAAGCAGAUCAUUCAUGUCCGUGUCUAACGUUGUGUAAAGUUUUGGGUUAGUUUUGACAGUUUGAGUGAGUACGUCGUCAACUUAUUCAGCCAGUUAGUUAGCUAGAAUAGUUAGCAUACUAGCUAGCCAUUGCUCUCUGCCAACAAACCAACCCCUCCUCCCACGGCACGAACACACAGAGAUACUAGCAAUCAUGUUAAAGGGAAACUUCAAAAAUGUUCAACUUCAUAUUCAUAAUCUCCAGCACCACCCCAAUAUCAACAUAUGUGAAAAUGGUGCGUUUCUAUGUUUUGUAGUAAAAAUAUAGAGGAAGAUACGUUUUUCCAAUGACAUCAUCGGUGUGCAUCGUGUGAUUUUGACCAAUUGUGAGUAGGCAUUGCCUACUAAUUGCCUACUAAUUGUCUACAAAUCUUUCUCUAUCUUUUUUACUACAAAACAUAGAAACGCACCAUUUUCACAUACGUUGAUGUUAGGGUGGUCCUGGAGAUGAUGAAUGUGAAGUAGAAAAAUUGUGAAAUUUCCCUUUAAGGCAAUGCCAAUGCAUGCAUGGAUUCCAAAAAAGUGCAAUGCAUUGGGAUACAUAUCUGCACCAAAUCUAUUGUUCUCUAAUGCUUUUUAAUUAAAGAUGUUCAUCCAAAUAAGUGACAAUUUUGUAAACAUGUUUUCUAAUAAAUGUUGGUCAUGAUCCUGCUUUUUCAAAGGGAUGGCUCCAGAGGUCUGAUCUCCACGACCUGAAGAAGAGAGGAAGAGUUGCCCAUCCUCAGGACACACUCAAAGACACAGCCUUGGCCAGAGGAGACCCUAUAAGAGCAGCACUGGUAACAAACAUCACUGAGGUGUCUAACCGCCCCCGCUGUGGCGUUCCUGACUACCCCAUGCUGAAAGAUGUCCUCUACAGGAGGAAUCACAGGCAGAAACGCUUUGUCCUGUUCGGGGGGCGCUUGGAGAAGACUGACCUCACCUACAAGUAAGGAUAAUAAUAAUGAUGAUAUUAUUAUUAUUAUUAUUAUUAUUAUUAUUAUUAUUAUUAUUAUUAUAGUAUAACCACACUCUUGUACAGCUUAGAGAUGGACUUGGACCCAACAAAGUAAAUAUAAUUGUUAUCAUGUUUUGGUGCAUAUUUGCCAGUACUGGAGGGAAAGGUACAGUAUGUCCAGAAUCCAGUGUUACUCUAUCCAUCAUUUGUUUAUUGAGUCCCCUGUUUUGGUCAUAGCUCUCAUAUUCUAACUCAACAAGGCAAGCAGGAGUUGCACUCUCAUCACAUUUGCCUUAAAAACAAAGUGUGUCUCUGAAAAGGAGGAACCUAUAAUGUUAUUACUUUGCCUCCUCCUGAGACUCACGGCAUGGAGUGUCUGGGCUGGGCUGUCUGUCGGCUGGCUGCUGCCUCUCUGUCUGUGUCCUCUGGUUCCUCUCAUUGUGGCUGUUCUUUAUCAUAAUGCAUGGAAUCUAAGGAGCCGCUCAGAGAGAGGAGAGGGGAAGCCAUGAUGGGCUAAUGAGACUUUACAGAUGAAGUAAAUGGGAAGGAACAUGACUAUGAUACACUGUUAUCAUACAGAGCCUGAUGGUCUAUGUAACAGCACACCUCUCUGUUGAUUUGAUGGUUAGAUAUCCGAUGAGCGGGAGGUUAUAGGAAUGCAACAAGGCCGGUGGUCUCUGGUGUGUUUCUACAGGCUACAGACUAUGCUCUGUGUGUGCGUGCGGGCGUGAAGUUUACGGUCUCUGAUGUUUAUAUCUGUACAUCUUCCUUCCUCAGAGUGGUUUGUUUCCCCUGGCAGAUGAGUGAAGACAAAGUGCAGCGUGUCCUGCUGGAAGCACUGACAGUAUGGAGUGAGGUCACACCCCUCACAUUCACUGAGGUCAGCAGUGGAAAGGCUGACAUUGUCAUCGACUUCACCAGGUACGCAUGUGUGUACAGUAUGUGUAUUCAAAUGUCAGAUUUUAAGUUACUGGUCUGCCAGCACUUUCCUGAUAUGGAUCUCUACUGUAGGUACUGGCAUGGAGAUAACCUGCCCUUUGACGGCCCUGGGGGAAUUCUAGCCCAUGCCUUCUUCCCCAAGACCCACAGGGAGGGCGACAUCCAUUUUGACUAUGAUGAAGCAUGGACCCUUGGCAACUACAUGGGUGAGUGUUUGCUUGGCAGGGAACAUGCAGGAAGUAUGAAGAGUUGAUUUACAUAGAGCUCUAUGUAAAAUGAGUACAGUCAGGAAGUAUUUGUCAGCUCUACGGUUGUACUGUGUAUCCCCGUAGGUGUGACCCUCUCCCUGAUUCCACUGCAGGCACAGACCUCCUCCAAGUGGCUGCUCAUGAGUUCGGGCAUGUUCUGGGCCUGCAGCACUCCUGGGAACCGGGUGCAGUGAUGUCCCCCUAUUACAGCUUCUCCUAUCCCCUGGAGCUGAGCGAGGAUGACAAGCUGGGGAUCCAAUACCUGUACGGCCCUCGUCCACAUGUCCCGCCCCCACCUCCACUAUCACCACCGCCACAAAUCACCACAGAGACCAAUGAGAUCAUUAGUAGUAUUGUGAGUGUUAAUCUUGCCAUAUAUUUUUUGAGGCGCUGCACAGGCAAAUAAAAAUAAUAUAAGACAUAAAAUACAACUGAGAUACUAGCCACACAAGAAUAAAGCAAAAAGGGUUUCAGAAGGGUUCUUCGGCUGCCACCAGAGGAGAACCCUUUUUGGUUCCAGGUAUAAUUAUUUUGGGUUCCAUGUAGAACCCUCUGUGGAAAGGAUUAUAUAUGGAAACCAAAAGGGUUCUACCUGGAAAUAAAAAGGGUUCUUCAAAGGGUUCUCCUAUGGGGACAGCCGAAGAACCCUUGUUGGUUCUAGAUAGCACCGUUUUUUCUGUAGUGGUCCUCUUUCUGUCUCCAGCCUGACGCCUGCCAGACAGACUUCGAUGCUGUGUCUAUGAUCCGCGGAGAGCUGUUCUUCUUUAAGUCAAGCUAUGGGUGGCGCAUUCGGGAGGGGCGGCUGGAGGCAGGCUACCCCGCCCUGGUAUCCCGCCAUUGGAGGGGGAUUCCAGAGAGCAUUGAUGCUGCCUUUGAAGACCAAUCAGGGAAUAUCUGGUUCUUUCAAGGUGUGUGACAGAGAUAUUGGCUGUUUGUGCUGUGGUUAGUUAUGUCUUUUGUGUAUAGGAUUAGAUAAGCCCCAAGUUGAAUACAGACAGGUUAAUAUACAUGUAGGCAGACAAGCAGUUAGCCAGAAAAGUGUCCUUCCACAACCUUCCACAACCUUAAGUAGGGCAUGUCUCUCUCUCUCUCUCUCUCUCUCUCUCUCUCUCUCUCUCUCUCUCUCUCUCUCUCUCUCGCUCUCUAUUGCAGGUCAAAGCUACUGGGUGUUUGAUGCAGAGAGACAGAUCACAGGGCCAGACUCUGUGCAGAGCCUCGGCCUGUCAGUCUCCCACAUCCAGGCAGCCCUGCGCUGGGGCCAGGACAGCAACUACAACACCUACUUAUGCAAGUCAGGCAGCUACUGGAGGUUCAGCCCCAAGGAGAACCGUGUGGACUCUGUCUACCCUCGCAACAUGCAGGACUGGAGUGGCAUCCCCAGUGAUGUAGACGCAGCCUUCAAGGACCAAUAUGGUAAUAUUAUGAGUGAAUCACCUAAUCACCUCAAUUUGGGAGUGAGUCCGACAUUGAAAUGUUAGAUCAUAGGAUAAUUAUUGGAUUGUAUUGAUGAAUUGAUUUUUUCCCAUUGACAGGAUAUGCCCACUUUAUCAGUGGGAGGCAGUACUGGAAGUUUGAUCCUGUGGAGAUGAAUUCACUACAG